AUGAACGGGCAAUCGAUCGGCGCAUGCCUUCCGGCGUACCUAACGCAGCCAGGGACGCAGUUCUAUCUUCUUCCAGACUUCAACGAAGGCAUAUCAGUUCAAUCAAUGCUGGCAUGGCUGCCCUUUUAUUCGGAGACGGACCUUGCCAGAACAGUUGCGGUUACGCCGUCAAAUUCUCUCUACAUGAAGCUCUGCGGAGACCCAGGUUGGCGUCUCGUUGCGUUGGGGUGGCUUCCUCGAGGCCUAGAACCCGAGUACCUCCUACCAAGUCCCGUCGGUCGUUGGAACCCUGAGGGCGGCCUGGAGGCGCGUCCGACCCCUGCUGAGGGCGUCAUGGGAUGGUUCAGUGGGCUAGGCAGAGAAGGUGUCGGUGACACCGCGUGUCCACUCGAAUUUGGUCCGGAGACGACCGCGGACGAGAGAGCACGAGAGGGUGAGGAGGGUGCUUGCAUGCAGCUGGAGACGCUGCCUCAGCGCGACUAUCUGGACCACCCGCGCGCUCAAGCUCCCGAGAUGGUGCUUGAGGUGCCGUACGACUGCGUGUCGCUGCCCUCCGCUCUCGCUGAGCGUGAUAUAUCCUCCCCAGACGAGCCCGCCUUCCCAGCGGAUGCUCCGAUCGGCGUGAAGAUUAGCAUCUGCCUUUGGCUGGAAGGUGUUCAGUCUCCACGCACACUCGAGGGCGGGUUCUCCUCCAAGCAGCAUCGCGUGCGCAAGGGGGACAAAAAGGGCCGCCCGAUCACCCGCGCGAAGCUGGCUCGUCUGGUAGCCGCCGACGUCUUCGAGUUCAUGGUGCGCCGUCUUACCUCGCUCACAUCCGCAUACUCUCCCAACCAUCCUUCACAGACACUCCAUAAGGUGGUGCACAAGGGCGAGGUCGUCGCAUUCGAGCAGGUUUGCUUGAAGAAGGUGUGCCUGAAGUCGAAGGCCACCAUCCAGCCCGUUUUGUGUCUCCGCCCGUCUCCCGUCGACACAGGCCCCACCGCCAUUCUGUGCUCGGUCCAGUAG